AUGCCACGAGCCAGUCAGCUGCACCUUCUUGUGCAUUUUGGGGAACAUCGUUCCCACCUAUUUUGGCAGAAGCUACAUGUUGAGCCUGAAAUCUUCGAUGACAUCAUGGAUUUAAUCUCUGACCAUCCCAUCUUUCACAACAACUCACACAAUCCCCAACUUCCUGUCUCUAUCCAGCUUGCUAUUUUUCUCAGCCAUGCAGGCCACUACAGUGAUGCCAUAAUGGUGGAGGAUGUGGCCCAGUGGGCAGGUAUUAGUGUUGGAUCAGUUGUGAAUUGUACCAACCAUGUUAUGGUUGCACUACUUGAUCAGCAUGAUGCAUUCAUGAGUUUCCCUCCUCCUGAUUCAGAGGAUUUCCAGCACGCCCAGGAGUAUGCAGCCAAAACUGUUUGCCCUGAGUGGCAGAAUGAAAUUCUAGCUGUGGAUGGCUCCACAAUUAAUGUGUAUCAGAAGCCUGGUUUUCAUGGUGAAGUUUUUUUUUGA